AUGGCUCCCUUAACCGAAGUCGGAGCCUUCUUGGGCGGCUUGGAGGGUUUGGGCCAGCAGGUGGGGUCGCACUUUUUGCUGCCUCCUGCAGGGGAGCGGCCGCCGCUGCUAGGCGAGCGGCGGGGCGCGUUGGAGCGGGGUGCCCGAGGCGGCGGGCCGGGUUCGGUGGAGCUGGCGCACCUGCACGGUAUCCUGCGCCGGCGGCAGCUUUACUGCCGCACCGGCUUCCACCUGCAGAUCCUGCCCGACGGCAGCGUGCAGGGCACCCGGCAGGAUCACAGCCUCUUCGGUAUCCUGGAAUUCAUCAGUGUGGCAGUGGGACUGGUCAGCAUCAGAGGUGUGGACAGUGGUCUUUACCUUGGAAUGAAUGACAAAGGAGAACUCUAUGGAUCAGAGAAAUUGACUUCGGAAUGCAUCUUCAGGGAGCAAUUUGAAGAGAACUGGUAUAAUACCUAUUCAUCCAACAUAUAUAAGCAUGGAGACACUGGCCGCAGGUAUUUUGUAGCACUUAACAAAGAUGGAACUCCAAGAGAUGGUGCCAGAUCCAAAAGACAUCAAAAAUUCACUCAUUUCUUACCAAGACCAGUGGACCCAGAAAGAGUUCCAGAAUUAUACAAAGACUUACUGAUGUACACUUGAUGAACCUGGAGCCAUUAUUUUUAAGUCACAGUUUCUGUUAAAUAACACUGAAGAAGAUGUUCAGAAUAUUACAAAGUCUGUUUUUCACUGAGAGACUGUAUUUGUGAAGAAUAUUGAGAAUAAGGAAUUAACUUGAAGCAAAGCAAGAUCAUUCCUCAUAAAUGGAUUAUAUUUCCUCAGACUCAUUGGCCUAGUCUUACCAGCUGACUGAAGCUGAAAUCAGUUAAUCUGUGGAUAAUGUGAAUCUUGCUGCUGAUGCCUCACCUCUCUGGAUAAUGUUUACUUUGGACAUUUACCUUAAGAAUAGAUACUUCAUGUUGAAGAAGUGUAUCAAGAUGACAUAAUUACUGCCUCAUAAAUUCUGAGGACCUUGUAGAAAUCUGCAGGUUAUAACAUUAUACAUAAAACAAAACAAAAAUCAAAAUUCUAGAUGACUUUGAGCUACAAAACACGCCA